CCCUGCUCAAGUUGGACUUCUGUGAUUACGUCAUAUGUCAACAUGGCUGUUACUUUCGCGAAGUUGAGAAAUCUUUAUACUUCAAAAACUGUAUCAGUAACACAUUUUACGCAAAGCAGGUUCCUAUCAUCAACAUCGUCAGUUCAAGACAGUAAUGAAGGGUGGCUCAGUAAACUAUUGGUGCGGCGUAUAGAGCCUACCAAAGAAUCGCAUUCCCGAUUAUUGUCAGAUAAGGAAAUUAUCUAUGAACUACAAACUCAUAAUGUGAGGGCUGAUUCAUCAGAGAAGUACUUGGAAAACUAUCAGCAGAGUAUCCAACUGAUUGAUGCUCAUAAGUUGAACUAUGAGUUAGUUGCAAGUUGGACAGUGGAAUUAGGGGAUCUAGACCAAGCCUUACAUUUGUGGCGUUACAAAGGGGGGUUUUCCAUUAUCGACAAUGCCAAGAAGACACUUGCACAGAACAAGGACUUUGUGACACUACAGAAAGAGAGAGGCAAACUGCUACGUUCACGCCACCUUCAGUACUUGCUGGCAUUCAGCUACUGGCCGCCUAUUGAACCCCGCACAGGUCCUAAUAUUUACGAAAUGCGCAGCUAUAAUCUCAAACCCGGAACCAUGAUUGAAUGGGGAAACAACUGGGCGCGAGCUAUCAACUAUAGACGUAAUAAUGAUGAAGCUUUUGCAGCCUUCUUUUCUCAGAUUGGUCGACUCUACAAUGUUCAUCAUGUGUGGUGUUACAAAGAUCUCCAAACACGCAAGGAGACCAGAGAGGCAGCAUGGCGUUCACCAGGUUGGGAUGAGUGUGUAGCCUACACUGUCCCACUCAUCAGAGAGAUGCACUCCCGCAUAUUGGCCCCCACCUCAUUCUCUCCAACACAAUAGACCCUACAGUCUGACAUGGCAACAUUGAACCUUCUGUCCUGUCAACAUAGUAAAGUUAUAUAUUGAAUAUAUUGAAGUUUAUAUUGAAUUUUGUUGUGAAAUUUCAUCAGACUUUUAUAAUUUGUUUUCAAAAUGCAACUAUAAACUUUAGGAUACUGACUGUAUGAAAAUGUGAAGCGUGUUAUAUUUUUAAAAGGAAUAUUUUGGUACCCUAUGUUAUUCAUAUGAUCCUUCUUUAAAUGACAGAUGAUUUGAUGUGUGUUAGAGAAAUUGUCUUCAUCACUGGUAAAACAAUCCUUUUUGUCUCAGAACAUCCAGUUUUCACUUCUUUGGGUUUUGCAACAGUAGUUUUUUUUAUGGAGCAAGGUCAUCAGCCUUGCAUCCAACCCCAACCUGGAGGAACAGGUCUCUGUAUUUAUGUCCCUUAGUGACAGGGUGGCUGCCAGCAAAAUAGGUUAUUGUUUUUAGAACCAUGUCAGAAGUCCUGUUUUGUAAGUGAGAAGACCAGUCAAUUUGUUCAGAAUACCUAAUUGCUUCCCUUAAAAAGUAUAGCAUGAGCAAUGUCAGAAUCCCUUCAGUUUCUUCCAGAACCUUUGUUCCUGUCUCCUAAGUGUCAUAUUUUUUGGGUGCACGUCGAACAUAGACUGUGGCUGAUACACAGACAAACAUUCUCAGAGAGGUCAUAGUUGCCACCAGGUGUGCAGCUGUGGACUGUUUUCAGAGGUGCUAUGGCACAUAAUUGUUUAUUAAAAUAUUUUUAAUAGCUAAGUUCAUUUUGAAACAUUAAACAUUCACCUCAUGAAUAAUUUAACUUUCUAUUCCUGCUGGUUAGGAAGCUACCAUCUCAUACCUCAAUAUGCAUUUUUGAAGUUAAAAAUCGGUAAUAUUAAAAUAACUAUUUUGUCUAAUCUGAUUAGAACAGGGUGAGAAGUCUGUAACACAUUACUAGUGGCACAGUCUAGUUUAAUUCUAAUAAAAUAUUUACUUACAAUUUCACAAUUGAGAAUUUUUAUACACAAUAGCAAAUUCUAACUAGUGAUUAACAAAAAGAAAAGGAGAGACCAGCCAUGAUUGUGGGGUUGUUUGAAACAAUUGUAUAAGUUUUGUUUGUUGUUGUUUAAAAUGUAAAAUUACUGUUAUUGAGAAUCUGUGUUGUCAUUAACUUAUUGUAAGUAUUCAGGGAAUUAGUAGAUAUUAAUGAAAGGAAACUUGAGUCCUUUCAUUCUAAGUUUUGAGCAUAUAUUUUGCCAAAUGAGAAGUGGGAGCAGCAUUUUGUGUACAGAUGACUUUUUGUAGACUAACAUAAUAUAUAUAUUGUAGAAUUUUUCUUUUUGGUAAACAUAAAUUACUGUAUAGACAUUA